GCCAUAAGCGCACAGUAGGCUUGGAGCGAGUCUUCGACAACGACCAACGACAGUGGAAAUUACGAAUAUCGAGCACAAAGCGUAGCGCGCAACACGUGAACGAGCAGAAGAAAAAAAACAACAGAUUCCCAGACAAUUGAAGUCAAUUUUAACAAUUUAUUGGAAUAAUAAUCAUAACAAUAAUGGCCACCAAAGCAUCAGCCACCACCACUACGACGACGGCCGUUUCCACCACUAGCACCACCACAACACCCACAUCCAUCGAUGGCUAUAAGCUGGGCAAAGUUCUGAUUGAGGGCAAAACGAAGCAGGUCUACGAUUUGCCCGAACAUCCUGGCUUAUGUCUAUUAUUGAGCAAGGAUCGGAUCACUGCCGGCGAUGGUGUCAAGGCUCAUGAUCUGGCCGGCAAGGCAGAGAUAUCGAAUACCACAAAUGGUCAGGUAUUUCGCCUGCUCAAUGAGGCGGGCAUCAGGACGGCGUAUGUAAAGCAUUGCGGUGCCAAAUCCUUCAUUGCCCGCAAAUGUGAGAUGAUACCCAUUGAGUGGGUGACCCGUCGUUUGGCCACUGGUUCAUUCCUUAAACGUAAUGCCGGCGUACCGGAGGGCUACAGAUUUUCACCACCCAAGCAGGAGACCUUCUUUAAGGACGAUGCCAAUCAUGAUCCACAAUGGAGCGAUGAGCAAAUCAUAUCAGCCAAAUUUGAGCUAAAUGGCCUGCUAAUUGGUCAAGAUGAAGUGGAUAUUAUGCGUCGCACCACAUUGCUGGUAUUCGAGGUCCUGGAACGUGCCUGGCAGACCAAGAACUGUGCUCUUAUCGACAUGAAGGUGGAAUAUGGCAUCGAUGCUGAUGGUAACAUUGUUCUGGCCGAUAUCAUUGAUUCGGAUUCGUGGCGCCUGUGGCCAUCUGGUGAUAAACGUCUCAUGGUAGACAAACAGGUCUAUCGCAAUCUUACCUCUGUGACCAGCAGCGAUCUGGAUACGGUGAAGCGUAAUUUCAUUUGGGUAUCCGAACAAUUGGCUGAUAUUGUGCCAAAAAAGGACCAUCUGGUGGUCAUAUUGAUGGGCAGUGCUUCGGACACAUCGCAUAGUGAGAAAAUUGCCACCAGUUGCCGUUCCCUGGGACUGAAUGUAGAGCUACGUGUAAGCUCUGCCCAUAAAGGACCCGAGGAGACGUUAAGAAUUGUCCGUGAAUACGAAUCGGUGAUGAAUAACAUCAUAUUUGUGGCCGUAGCUGGACGUUCGAAUGGUUUGGGUCCUGUUGUGUCCGGUAGCACCAAUUAUCCGGUUAUUAAUUGCCCGCCCGUCAAGUCGGACAACAUGCAGGUGGAUGCUUGGUCCAGUUUGAAUCUGCCCUCGGGUCUGGGAUGUGCCACCGUUCUUUAUCCAGAGGCAGCUGCAUUGCAUGCCGCUACCAUUUUGGGUCUGGGCAACUUUAUGAUUUGGUCCAAAUUGCGUGUGAAGCAAUUGAAUAACUUUAUUACUCUCAAGAAGGCUGACAAGGAGCUACGUGGAGUGCGCAAUGCCUAAAGGAUUAUGGACCAAUAAUCUCAAGUCUCUUUCCGUUCGUUUUAAAUAUAUAUACGCAUAUAUUUUUUUUAUUUUUGUUCUAUUUCGAGAACAUUUUAGUUUAAGCGUGACACAAAAUAAAAAGACCGAAUUUUUUUUCUUAA